CUACGCGCCACAGACGUUCGUUCAUUUUGCCUGGAAUGAAGCUUAAGCCAGCACUGGCAAUCGGCGACGUUGACGUCCUAGGCGACGGUGACGUCGACGGCGACGGGCAGAAUAACGAUCAUUUCGAGGGUGAUCCACGACCACUGCCCUACGCAUUUGAAAAGGAAUUAAUCGAAAAAUCAAAUAAGCAUAUUCGCAUUUGUGAAGUGUUCGUGCCAGCUAACAAAGGUGCAUUCAAAAUUAUUUAUUUAAAAUGCCAAAUACACAUACAAUUGUAUCCCAUCACUUCCAAAUUCUACGCCAAAUACGAGCCACAUCCAAUCCCAUUGCCGCAGCGCAACAGGCACAACAACAAACUGUCUCCUGAUCAUCCGUUGCUGGAAUCACAGAUGUACGGCUGGUUACCGUUCCAGUGUCCAGAUGCUGCCACCUAUUUAAAUUGUAUUCAUGCGCCCAAACGACGCUGCCGGAUGACAAUACACGGCGAAAAAAUAAUAGCUGGUCGAAUUACUGAACGACCGCCGUUUAACGGUCUCCAAUUCAUACUUCAUUAACUAACACAUUUGUAUGUAUAUACAGCAAUAGCCAUGUAACAUAUUGUGCAUUAAAAUUUUAUCAAUGGACAUGUAA